CAUAUCGUGAGCGCGCGCGAAUAGCACGUACAAAAAAAAAAAAAAAAAAAAAUAACGGAAGAAAAGUAACGCCAAAGUUGCAGCUUCUCCACAAUUUCGAUAGCCAUUCUACACCGUACCGUCCUCCCAACGAAUCUCAGGCAAAAUGAGCUGCGGAAUCUCCAUGGUUAAAUAUAUACUGUUUAUAUUCAAUUUGCUCUGUUCGAUAUGCGGCAUUUUGUUGAUCGUGUUUGGAGGCCUUCUGUUCAGCAACAUCCACAACAUCGAUGACUUCGCAGAGGCGCUGCGCACCCAGCAGGUGCCCAUCACAAUGAUUGUGCUUGGCACUGUUAUCCUGCUAAUCUCCUGGUUCGGCUGCUGCGGUGCCAUUCGCGAGUCCUACUGCAUGUCCAUGACGUACUCGAUUCUGCUGUUCGUUUUGAUGAUUGGCCAGCUGGCGUUGGUGAUCUACAUGUGGCUGCAGAAGGACAAGUAUCUGGUCAUAAUGGGCGAUGUGGUGGAGAAGGCCUGGGAGCGACGCACCCGUCGUGCCGACUACAUGGAUGCCAUACAGAUUAGCAUGGAGUGCUGUGGCCGCACUAACUUCUCGGACUAUUCCUUCCAAGGCUACUUCCCCCCCUCGUGCUGCAAGGAUACCAACAACUGCCGCCCGGACACUGUCUACCGACGCGGCUGCAAGGCGGCCUUUGUGGAGUUCUGGGACAGAAACAGCGACAUCAUCAAAUAUGCCGGCUUGGUUAUUGCCGCCAUUGAGUUUGUGGGCUUUGUGUUUGCCUGCUGUCUGGCGAACAGCAUCCGGAAUUACCGUCGCCGCGCGGACUAUUAAGUGCUGGACCUUGAAAAGCCUUACUAAUUUUAAUUGAAACCGAAAGUACGAAUUAUGUUGCCCAAUUUUAUUUACAUACAUACAUACGAGUAUAUCGAUAUAAAUCACCUGACACAGA